CUUACCAAGACAUUGCAGGCCUUAAUUGAGGGACCCCCACCACCCCCACAAGCACAUUGUCUAUCUUAGCUGUAUUCCAAGUACACAACAUAUCUCAUUUCAAGAGCACAGCUGAAGUGAAGCAAAUUAAACCAUCAUUCUUGAAUAUACAAUGGAAUCUCCGAAACUUUUCUUGCUUUUCAUUCUUGUCAUCUUAUUGACUUUUAGUAAGAAUGCAAUUAUUAUCAAAGCACAAGCUGAUGACCGGUUAGAGUUUGUGAGUGAAGAUAUUGAGUUGCCAAUGGGCAUGUCUUUAUACGAAGACCAAGAGGAUGACACACAACUAGAUGGGACGGAAAUGAAUGGGAGAUCUCUGUUGUGGCACAGAGUAUUCAAAUUCAAGUACUACAUUUCUUAUGGAGCUUUGUCAGCAAACAGAAUCCCUUGCCCACCGCGCUCAGGCAGAUCAUAUUACACUCAUCACUGCUUCAGUGCAACAGGUCCAGCUCACCCUUACACUAGAGGUUGCUCUGCUAUUACUCGUUGCCGUAGAUGAACAAAUUACCUUAUGUUUCUAUUUAUUGUUUGGGAUCUAUAUAUGUUGUCCAUUGCAUUUUCAGUUUAUUUACUUAUCUCUGUGAUAGCUUGGGACUUGGGAGCUAGCUAGCUUCUUUGCGCUAGAUCUACUACUUAUCGACUGAUGUUUGGUGCUCUCAGACGGCAUUAUUUCUUUGUUUAGACAAAAGUUUCAAUUUACU